UACCGGUCUAUACCAGCAUUUUCCGUGCGAAGUCCACACAAAAUCGCUGCGAUGGACACGGAAAAGAUCCACGAUGCCUCUUCUGAGGAUCCCGAGAAGAUGACAGAACUUACCCCAAAAGCCACAGUGGGUGACGGGGAAAUCAUCAAUGAGAUGUUCAAGCAUGCCAAUCCCAAUGACGGGGACGAAGCUCUGAAAGCCUUCCAAGGACACGAUGGCGAGACCAUCGUCAUGACGCCCGAGAUGGAGAAGAAGCUAGUAAGGAAAAUCGAUUUAAAUCUCAUGCCGAUUCUGUGUGUCGUUUACGGUCUGAAUUACCUCGAUAAAACCACCCUGUCCUACGCGAGUAUAAUGGGUCUGAAGAAGUCAAUUCAUUUGAAGGGUGAUGACUACCAAUGGCUUGGUAGUAUGUUUUAUUUCGGAUACCUCUUUUGGGAAUACCCCACGAAUCGACUCCUCCAACGACUCCCACUUGCAAAAUGGUCAGGCUUCAAUGUGAUUAUGUGGGGCUUAACGUUAUGCUGCAUGGCUGCUGUUAAGGACUUUGCAGGUGCCGCGACAGUGCGCUUCUUCCUUGGGGUUUUCGAGUCUGCCGUCACCCCCGGAUUUGCUCUUUUCACCUCGCAGUGGUAUACAAAGGAGGAACAAGGGACGAGGACUGGAAUUUGGUUCAGUUUCAACGGAUUCGCACAAAUUUUUGGAGGGUUCGUUGCGUACGGGAUAUCGGUUGGCGUAAAGAAACACGGUGCCGCGAUCGAGUCGUGGAAAAUCGUUUUCCUGACUGUUGGACUGGUGACUGCUGCUGUGGGGGUCAUCUUCCUCUGGUUGAUGCCUGAUAAUCAACUCAAUGCCUGGUUUUUAACCCCAGAGGAGAGACUCAUGGCAGUUGAGAGGAUUAGGCGGAACCAGCAGGGUGUUGGAAACAAGCACUUCAAAAUGUACCAAUUGAAGGAGGCAUUGCUAGACCCAAUGACAUGGGCGUUCGUCCUCUUCGCGUUGAUAUCAGAUAUACCUAAUGGUGGGAUAUCCAAUUUCUUCUCCCAGCUUAUCGUCUCAUUCGGAUACACGGCCGAUCAGUCUCUUUUAUACGGCACCCCAGGUGGGGCUGUGGAAGUCGUAACGCUGAUUGUUGCCGGAUAUAUUGGAGACAGAUUCAAGUGUCGACUCAUCAUGGGAUCAGUCGGGAUGCUUAUUGCUACCCUCGGGAUGCUACUCAUCGUCUGUCUCCCGCUAUCCAACAACGUCGGCCGCCUCAUCGGAUACUACUUAACCGAGGCAUCUCCGACCGGGUUCGUUGCUCUCCUCUCCCUACUCUCUAGCAAUGUAGCUGGAUAUACAAAGAAGACAACUGUCGCUGCCCUAUACCUCAUAUCAUAUUGUGUUGGGAACAUCAUUGGACCUCAGGUAUUCAGGCCAAAGGACGCGCCACGUUACCUCCCUGCCGAGAUCACUAUUAUUGUCUGCUACUGCGUGUGUGCCAUAGAGCUCAUUCUCAUCCUCCUGUAUUACAAGCGUUUAAAUAAGAAGAAUGCUGCAUUUAGAGCGGCACCGGGAUACAAGAAGUUAGAUAAGCAAGAAUUCUUAGACUUGACGGACAAGGAGAAUAAGGAGUUUGUAUAUACUCUAUAA